AUGUCAUUGAGAAAACAGGGCGGGCGGCUAGAUGAAGAAACGGUUAAAUACAUGGAAAAGGAGUAUCGUCCCUAUGCAGUUACUGAUCUUAUUGGGAAUCUACACAAUGCAAUAACCAAGGCAUUAAUUAUCAGACUAUUAGACGAACUAGUUGACAAAGGGACACUUAUUGUCAAGAAGUACGGUAAGUCAAGUUUUUACUGUUAUUCCGAGCUUCAAGUCAAUGAGGAUAUGGAAACUACUAAUUUGGAGAAAUUGCAAGCAACAAAGGCAGAAAUUUGUUCAUUAGAAAAAGAAGCAACUAAGUUAAAAUCCAGUAUGUAG